UUCUGAGUCUCACUGUCGUCAUGGAGGAGCAGGAAGUAGUGAGUGUUGAAAAUAAUGCUCUCCGGUCUCUAAAUUCUGAUGUCAAAACCCACGUUAAUUUUAUUAACCAGUCGAAACAAAGCGCCCGAGCAUGGUGGUUGGAUUUUUCCGGACAUCCAGUUUCUUAUGGCGAUAUACGAACGAACGGGUUAUUACGUAUGGAUACUUUUCUGACGCAUCCAUGGGUUUUCAGAGCCUCUCGAAAUGGGGCGAAACUUUUAGCUAAUCAGCGAGAUGUUUAUAUGCCAACAGCUGCCACCGAAUAUGAAGAGGAUGGUGACCCCAAGUUUCUGAAUGUUGUCAUAGCUACCCCAGUGUACUCUCUCCAAGAGUGUUGUCUGAUGCUAAUCCGUAAUCUGGUAGAAGAGGAGGACUACGGCAGACUGGACAUCCCCGAGUCACUGAAGACAGACCUCAGACAACAGCCUGACUUACUGAAGGAGCUCGGACUCAUCAACCAUUGUGUCAUUUAGAUCACAAUGAAUCAGAUUACAUGAAUGGGGGGGGGGUGACCUGAUCCUAGAUCAGCUCUCAUACUCUGAGAAGCUUUAUGGAUAACAGGCCACUGAAUAAUGGACUUUCUGUUGACCAAAUGUAGCCUUCCCCCCCCUGCUCUGACCUCGCUGGUGACUCUAGAACAGUGGAAGUCAGUCAGGGUCGGGGAACUGCAGUGGGGUCACCAAUUAAGAGUACUUAUUAUUAUUAAGAGUACAUAUUAUUGUAUGGGACAAAAAAAACUUAAUGUUUAAGAAAUAUAUAUAUAUUUUUAAAAAUGUUUAUUGAAUAAAUGUAUUUGUUUAUUUCUUUUCAUUUUGAUGAGGGAUAAAAACACAAUGUAUUUAAGGUUAUAUGGGGUGAGGUCGCAAUACAUUCUUGAGGAGAAAAUGGCGUCCCCACUGAAACAUUUUGAAUACCACUGGCUUAGAGCAUCUGAAUGAAACAUGUCCCUACCCUGAACUCAUUGGGGACUCUAGAAGCUCAGAGCAUCUGAAUGAAACAUGUCCCUACCCUGAACUCAUUGGUGACUCUAGAAGCUCAGAGCAUCUGAAUGAAACAUGUCCCUACCCUGAACUCAUUGGUGACUCUAGAAGCUCAGAGCAUCUGAAUGAAACAUGUCCCUACCCUGAACUCAUUGGUGACUCUAGAAGCUCAGAGCAUCUGAAUGAAACAUGUCCCUACCCUGAACUCAUUGGUGACUCUAGAAGCUCAGCAUCUGAAUGAAACAUGUCCCUACCCUGAACUCAUUGAUGACUCUAGAAGCUCAGAGCAUCUGAAUGAAACAUGUCCCUACCCUGAACUCAUUGGUGACUCUAGAAGCUCAGAGCAUCUGAAUGAAACAUGUCCCUACCCUGAACUCAUUGGGGACUCUAGAAGCUUAGAGCAUCUGAAUGAAACAUGUCCCUACCCUGAACUCAUUGGUGACUCUAGAAGCUCAGAGCAUCUGAAUGAAACAUGUCCCUACCCUGAACUCAUUGGUGACUCUAGAAGCUCAGAGCAUCUGAAUGAAACAUGUCCCUACCCUGAACUCAUUGAUGACUCUAGAAGCUCAGAGCAUCUGAAUGAAACAUGUCCCUACCCUGAACUCAUUGAUGACUCUAGAAGCUCAGAGCAUCUGAAUGAAACAUGUCCCUACCCUGAACUCAUUGGGGACUCUAGAAGCUCAGAGCAUCUGAAUGAAACAUGUCCCUACCCUGAACUCAUUGGUGACUCUAGAAGCUCAAAGCAUCUGAAUGAAACAUGUCCCUACCCUGAACUCAUUGGUGACUCUAGAAGCUCAGAGCAUCUGAAUGAAACAUGUCCCUACCCUGAACUCAUUUGGGGACUCUAGAAGCUCAAAGCAUCUGAAUGAAACAUGUCCCUACCCUGAACUCAUUGGUGACUCUAGAAGCUCAGAGCAUCUGAAUGAAACAUGUCCCUACCCUGAACUCAUUGGUGACUCUAGAAGCUCAAAGCAUCUGAAUGAAACAUGUCCCUACCCUGAACUCAUUGGUGACUCUAGAAGCUCAAAGCAUCUGAAUGAAACAUGUCCCUACCCUGAACUCAUUGGUGACUCUAGAAGCUCAGAGCAUCUGAAUGAAACAUGUCCCUACCCUGAACUCAUUGGUGACUCUAGAAGCUCAAAGCAUCUGAAUGAAACAUGUCCCUACCCUGAACUCAUUGAUGACUCUAGAAGCUCAGAGCAUCUGAAUGAAACAUGUCCCUACCCUGAACUCAUUUGGGGACUCUAGAAGCUCAAAGCAUCUGAAUGAAACAUGUCCCUACCCUGAACUCAUUGGUGACUCUAGAAGCUCAGAGCAUCUGAAUGAAACAUGUCCCUACCCUGAACUCA